AUGUCGGUUUUUGUGAACGAAAGCCCGACUAAGGAGUUCAAAGUGGGAAAGGGUCUUAGACAAGGAGAUCCGCUUUCCCCCUUUUUAUUUGUCAUUGUUGUGGAAGGUUUAAUUGGUUUAGUCAGAAAAUCGAUUUACAAUGGUGAUUUCUCCGACUUUCAUGUUAAUGACAGAUGUCUGGUGGAUAUUCUUCAAUUUGUGAUGCUACUCUUCUUAUUGGAGACAGUAGUUGGAAACACCUUUGGGCUCUCAAAUCGGUGCUUAGAGGAUUCGAAGUGA